AUGAGCCUCGAAACUGGCCCCGUCGGGUCCCUGUCCCCCGAGAGCUCUGGACGCAACACCCCAGUGCCCCGACAAUGGAGGAACCAGCUCAGCGUCGAGGACACGCCGACCAAGGACAAGGCCUACCGAAAGUACGCCUCCGGCGUGGAACGCGCCCUGUCCCUCUUUGAGACGGCCCUGCAGGAGUGGGCAGACUACAUCUCCUUCCUCAGCCGCCUGCUCAAGGCUCUCCAGGCCCGUCAUACCAACAUCACCACGAUUCCCUCGAAAGCACUCGUCGCAAAGCGUCUAUCGCAAUGCCUCAAUCCUUCACUGCCGUCGGGCGUGCAUCAGAAGGCACUGGAGGUCUACAACUACGUCUUCUCUGUCAUUGGCACAGAAGGACUUUCCCGGGACCUCCCCCUGUAUCUCCCCGGUCUGGCCUCGACACUCUCGUUUGCCUCGCUGACCGUACGAGCCCCGUUUCUCGAUCUUCUCGAGAAGUACUUCUUGAAGUUGGACUCCCGGUCUUUGCGCCCAGCUAUGAAGGCCGUGGUCAUGGCCAUGCUGCCCGGCCUGGAGGAUGAGACUAGCGAAGACUUCGACCGGACUCUGAAGCUGUUGGAAAAUUUCAAGGUUGCAAUUCGCACCGACACACGAGAGAUCACCACCACACAUUCCACCGGAGACGAGUUCUUCUGGCAAUGCUUCUUUCUGGCGUCCAUCACCAGUCAGAGUCGUCGGCCUGGCGCCUUGGCCUACCUUGUGCGGAACCUACCGAAACUUGGACAUUCUCUUCCGCACGAGCAUGCGGCAGGCAAAGUUGCGGCUCCUGACAGUGAAGAGGAUGACCUCUCCGAACAGCUGGCAGAUUUGGUCACUUCUCCUGAGCCAGGGUUGCUGCUCCGUUGUUUCGCUGCAGGGCUAGCCGAUGAUCAGCUUCUGAUUCAGAGAGGUUUUCUGGACCUUCUAGUGACCCAUCUGCCGUUACAUUCCAAGGUAUUGCAGAAAAAGGUCAAACCUGAAGACUUUGAGCUGCUUCUUCGAGCUGCGGCUGGCGUUGUUACUCGGAGAGAUAUGAGUCUAAAUCGGAGAUUGUGGGCCUGGUUUCUAGGACCUGAACCGCUGAGCAAUGACAACGAAACCGGGCUUGAGUCACCCAGUUCCCCUUCUGGAAAUCACCAAAGUUACUUCGCAUCCAAGACGAACUACUUCGAGGAAUAUGGCCUCCAACCCUUGACACAAGCGCUUCUAUCGAUGAUCAAGUCUGCUUCUGAUACUAACCCUACCGAGAGAGCACGCCCGUAUCGAAUAUGCCUCUCUCUGAUGGAUAGGUGGGAGAUUGGCGGAUUGGUGGUCCCAGAAAUUUUCCUACCUAUUAUCAGAAGCGUUAAAGACUUCAAGGCUCGCGCUGCUGGGAGAACCGAGUUUCAUGAAGUCCUGCGUAGUGCCAACGUCUUCUUCGAUGGUGUUGAAAGUGGACUUAUUUAUGGCGAACUGGUCGGUCUUGUAGCUCAAGCUAUCGGCCCUGGAAACAUUUCCUAUACGGAACGCGUCGAUAACCUGGGACUGGUUCAGUUCAUCAUGGCGCAUUUCAACAUCCGAGAAGAAGAGAUGGUGACCAUACAUGCUCCUUUGGCAGCUCUGUCGAUCCUCGCGAUGUUAGAAGACUCGAAAGAACGUGGUCUUCGCAUACCGGCAGACAAAGAUAGGGGCGAACCCACUUUGUCGGAUCAAGCCUUAACUAUCGCCCUCGGACUCUUGGAUCUGGUACCUGAACGAGCAUUUCCAGCCAAAUCCGGACAGAGGGAUUCUGUGGGCUCCAUUGAGGCUCCCAUUGUGGCCUCAAUGUCCAACCACGAACUUCUCAAGAAGAUCAAGAGUUUCUACAUCGCCGAUCAAGGAAACCUUGAGGCUGUGCCUCUCCCCUUUUCAACCCGGAAUGUUGGUGAACUCUUGCUACAAAAGACAUGUAGCUUGGUGUGUGACUGUCUUUCUGCAAAGACGAUACCACAAGCCUUGGCGGUUAGAACUCACGUUCUCUCUCUACUUCUGUCGAAGGUGCCUCAAGAGUACCCAUUGAACACCGAAAGUCUCCUGUCGCACAUGCAGUCGAGCCUCGCAGGGAGCGAUUUGCAUUUUGUUGGCUUCAAAUCCUUGCUGUCGCUUUCUACACAAUUGUACACCAGUGCCAGGACGUCAUCAUCGUCUCUCUCAGGGUUGGUCGAGUCUCUCGUUCGUCAUGCAUGGGGGUUCCUCUCCUUGUCUGAACCAAAGUAUCAUGUUGAGACCGUUCGAUGCCUCUGGCAACUACAGUCAGCACUUGGGCCAGAGAACCGUGAUAUCGAAAGUGCAAUUGCGGCUUUGAUGUUGAAGAAUGAUACAACGGGCACAUUCGCCAUUCGUCCGGCAGAUGCGGGACGAAGCUUUAGUAUCCUAUGGUCCCAUACGCUGCAAGAUAGUGUCGACCGCCGAGCACCCAAAACACCAACAACCGAUGGAAAGAUGCAACUCAGGCUUUCUGGGCAGGAUUACUAUGAGGUUAUGCUGACAAGACCUUUGUUUCUGAUGCUGGAUUCGCUGCUGGACGAUCGGACACAACUUUUUAUGGCGGUUAAGACAUGGCUGAACAACAUGAUUGGUAUUGAGAAGUUGUUCCUGGUGUUUGUCACCAAGCUGUCCCAGCUUCGAUUUUUGCGAAGCUUACCAAAGACAUCAAGCGCAGAUUCGGCGAAGCAGUCCAUUGCUUUCUCACCAGAUGAUGACCUCGACAUGGGUUUGUAUUACCUCCGCACACUUUCCAACAUGUUCCGCUGGGCCCCCGAUGCCUUCUAUGGCGUUCUCGCGACUCGCAUCAUCGAAGAACCAGAAGCCAGCCUGGCAGAGAUCACUGGUACGGAAAGCGACAUUUCGCUUCAGGAGUUCUUCCUCCAUGUCUGUAUGAGAUGUAUCGCUGGCAACAAAUUUCCUGAGGAUUCGCAGGUGCAACUACGGAUUGCGCAACUCCACAGGUGUUCUUUGACUCUAUUGCAUCAAAUCCUCUUAAACCCUUAUGCGGAGCCUCUUUCAGGACUACACCUAGAGAACAUCCUGAUCGACCGACUGCAUCAGUCACUCAGCGGUCCAGAUCCCUACAUACAGGUCUUAUUACUGGAUGUUGUAUUCGCAUCCCUCAAGUUGCGGGAUGUAUCCCCUAAUGAGCUACCAUCCUCGCCAACAGGGGAGAAACGAGCUUUGAGCUACCCAUCAGGCAGCAUGCGAUUAUCCUCCACCACGAUUGAGAAUAUACCAGAGAUCACAGCGCCGCCUCCCUCUCUGCUGAAGUGCAUACAAGCGGGACUGAGCUCCGCCAGCAGUCGUCCUGUGUUAGACAGCUGGGUUAGCUUCUUGACAGAGUGCCUCCCGCUAUAUUUCAACACUAUCUUCCAAGUACUGAUGCCGCUGGUGGAGACCCUGUGCGAACAGGUCCGAAGUACUUUCGAAGACCUACAAAGGAUUUUCAGGCAAAACGCCAAGACAACCGUUGGGCUCAACGCCCCAGAGUCUACUCUGAUCUCGUUGCUCAAUGCACUCGAGCAGGUCCUAGCGAAGGCCCACGAUCAGCUGCUGGCAGAGGAGGCUAGAGCCCAAAUCGUCAAAAGCCCAGAUCAACAAUCACAGGGAUUUUUCGGGAACAUGGUGUCUGGAGUCUUCAACUCGGAAGCUCCACAGUCUCGCAGUGCCACUGCAAACGAUAGAUUGACCGUAUUGCUUGCGUUCCAGGAUGCAGUCCGUAUUUGUUUCAGGAUUUGGUCGUGGGGCCAAGGAAGCGAAGCAUCAAGCUUGGAUAGCAGCUCAUCAUCAUCCUUCAAUUACACAUCCCUGCGCAUGCGUAAUCGCGCUCGACGCCUUCUCGAGCACGUUUUCGCAGCCGAAGCGCUGGAAUGCUUAGAGACUGUCGUUGACAUAUGGCAAGCCUCGUUGGCCAGCCCCGAUGCAUCAAAGCAUUCCGAGGUCUUCAACCUACUCCCUGCCUUAGACGGUUCCAGGCCAAGGCACACGAUACCAGCAAUCUUCAACGCGAUCUACAGUCGCACGAACCCCAAUGCGCUUGAGCCAUCGCGUAAAUCGACAUUGACGAUAUCUCUGCAGGACACGGACCUGGUCAUAUUCCUGGUCGACUACGCGAGGUCCCUGGAAGAUGACGCCAUGGACGAGAUCUGGCAAGACUGCAUGAUCUUCCUGAAAGACCUGCUGGGCAACCCUUUCCCGCAUCGACAAACACUACCUAGCUUAUUGGAAUUUGCGGCGAUCUUGGGAGAGAAAGUCGACAACACUAACUUUGGAGAGCAGCGGAAGAUGCGAAGAGAACUCGGUGAUCUCUUUCUUCGUCUAUUAACUGCUCUCUUUACAACCCGACCGACAGCAUUUACCGAGACAUCGGCUAAUUCUCACUCCGACAAGUCGAGGAAUGACGAGCGUCGGGCACUGUCUCCAAGCGCAAGGGCUGACGAUGUUGUGGGCAUUCUAUCAACCAUCGUCCCAAAUCUUCCCAAGAUUCUAGUGGAGUCCGACAGGGUCUUGACUGCAGCAAGUGCGAUUUCGACCAACGUGAUUGGACCGUCCAUUCGUUCGAAGGGAUUCCCGGAGACCAUAUCCAAGGGAACAUUGACCCUCUUGCAGGAACUCACCAGGUUACCCAAUAAUCAAAAGACGUGGAAGAAGGAUAUUGGCGAUGCGUUCAAUGACGCAAGAUUCUUUGGAUCAUCGGUCAAUUUGGUUCAAAAUGAUUGGCUACCGCUUCUCAAGCAGUGGACUAUCGCAGACAAGGAACGCAUGACUGAGAUUCUCAGCCGUAUCACACCUCCCACAACGGCAGGCAUCGUCUUUGGCGUGGGUGCCACAUCAGCAAGGCUGGAAGCAGAUCGCAAGACGCAACUCAACCUCCGCCGUGCGGCAACGCUGGUUCUUGCCUCGCCUAUCGACGCCUUCGUGGCGGAUCUUCCAACAAUAACAGAGCGGCUAGUUGAGCUGCUCGCGGCUACCUCGACCUCGUCUCCUUCGUCCACUACACGUGCCGAAAUCUAUAUGCUAGUCAGGGCACUGGUGCUCCGCACAUCAGCGGUUCACCUGUCACCCCUUUGGCCCAUUAUGAAUGCUGAGCUCCAUGCCGCCAUCUCAUCAGUUGUGGCGCCAGAUCACAGUGCAUCCAGCGAUACGUUCAACAACCCUUCAAUACUUCAAGCAUGCAAACUUCUCGACCUGCUCAUCUGUGUGGCUCCAGAUGACUUCCAGCUCCACGAGUGGCUCUUUGUCACCGAUACCAUAGACGCAAUCUACCGCUCGCCAUCAUACCAGCCCAUUGCGCUAGUGGACGAACUCUCCGAGGAGCUGGGCAACAGCUCCAUAGCCAACAACUCGACCCUGCAGACCGAGAGCGCGGCCAUCAUGGCAGCCUCGGGGUCGCACCGCCGACCGCUUCUGGGACCCGGCGGCAUCCCUGACGAGAUGAGCAUGGACCGCAAAGAUGAGCUCGUCGCCAAGAUCCUGCGGCCCUUCUUCGGUCAGCUGAGUAUCUUCGCCUUCGAGAGCACCUACGCCAUGGGCCCCGUGGACGAGGACGGCGCGCUCGUCGGGCUUCUGCGCGACCUCUUUGACGAGCGGAGCAUCGUCAAGGCUUUGUAG